CAAUUCUCAGUAGCGACUCUUUAUACAAGGACACAAGCCGGGCUCCGAGCCGGGCGUCACCAAAUGCACGGGCGACCAUUCGCCCCUUCGUCCAGGCGCGGCUGUUCCCCAACCAUGCUAUGCAACUGGCGUUAUCAUCGCUGCUCUAUUGGCCAGCACGUUGCACAGGUGUCUCCGCGCUGUGGGGUCGCAAUUCAACGCGACGGAGUUGUACCGUUGGAAGUGAUGGCGCUACCUGGUACGGGCAGACCUCUGUCAAAUUGUUCCUUGCGGGCGUAGCUGAUCUGAGCACUUGUAGAACAACACCUACUAUUCAAGAGGUGAUACCGACUGGACGGCCUGUCCAGACCAGGGGGGUUGGCUCUAGGCCUGACAAAGAAUACAAACCAUCCGUUGUCGGUGGGAAUGCGAGAGAAGGUCAGGUACUCACAUCUUCGUAGAUGGAGAAGGUUACGUUCCGUGGGCAAUACUCUCACGGAAUGCAUCGAACUCGUGGACAAACGGGAGGUGUAGAAUCACGUUCCCCUUGGUCGUCGACGGAGGUUGACCAAAGACAUUGUUUCCAUUGGGUACCAUGCGAGAU